AUGACCACUGACAACAAGAAAGCAAGACCAGCGUUCGCAGUCGCUUUAGAAGCGCGUUACCCAAGGGGAACGGCUAGAUUUUCUCAUGAAAAGCACUCAGCAGAGCUAUACGAGAAGCGUUCGUACAAUCACAAUAACAUGCCCGUGCGAGUGCGCAGUGCAACGAUGUAG